AUGGUGCACUGUGCCGGCUGCAAAAGGCCCAUCCUGGACCGCUUCCUCUUGAACGUGCUGGACAGGGCCUGGCACGUCAAGUGCGUCCAGUGCUGUGAAUGUAAAUGCAACCUGACCGAGAAGUGCUUCUCCCGGGAAGGCAAGCUCUACUGCAAAAACGACUUCUUCCGGUGUUUCGGUACCAAGUGUGCCGGCUGCGCGCAGGGCAUCUCCCCUAGCGACCUGGUGCGAAGAGCGCGGAGCAAAGUGUUUCACCUGAACUGCUUCACCUGCAUGAUGUGUAACAAGCAGCUAUCCACCGGCGAGGAGCUCUACAUCAUCGAUGAGAACAAGUUUGUCUGCAAAGAGGAUUACCUAAGCAACAGCAGUGUCGCCAAAGAGAACAGCCUCCACUCGGCCACCACGGGCAGUGACCCCAGUUUGUCUCCGGACUCCCAAGACCCGUCGCAGGACGACGCCAAGGACUCGGAGAGCGCCAACGUGUCGGACAAGGAAGGGGGCAGCAAUGAGAACGACGACCAGAACCUGGGGGCCAAGCGGAGAGGGCCUCGCACCACCAUCAAGGCCAAGCAGCUGGAGACGCUGAAGGCCGCCUUCGCCGCCACACCCAAGCCCACGCGCCACAUCCGCGAGCAGCUGGCUCAGGAGACCGGCCUCAACAUGCGUGUCAUCCAGGUCUGGUUCCAGAACCGACGCUCCAAGGAACGGAGGAUGAAGCAGCUGAGCGCGCUGGGCGCCCGGCGCCACGCCUUCUUCCGCAGUCCGCGCCGAAUGCGGCCGCUCGUGGACCGCCUGGAGCCGGGCGAGCUCCUUCCCAGCGGGCCCUUCUCCUUCUACGGAGAUUACCAGAGCGAGUACUACGGGCCCGGAGGCAAUUACGACUUCUUUCCGCAAGGCCCCCCGUCCUCGCAGGCUCAGACGCCGGUGGACCUGCCCUUCGUGCCGUCGUCCGGGCCUUCCGGGACACCCCUGGGUGGCCUGGAGCACCCGCUGCCCGGCCACCACCCGUCGAGUGAGGCGCAGCGGUUCACCGACAUCCUGGCGCAUCCUCCCGGGGACUCGCCCAGCCCCGAGCCCAGCCUGCCCGGGCCUCUCCACUCCAUGUCGGCCGAGGUCUUCGGGCCCAGCCCACCCUUCUCGUCGCUGUCGGUCAACGGCGGGGCGAGCUAUGGGAACCACCUGUCUCACCCCCCAGAAAUGAACGAGGCGGCCGUGUGGUAG